UAUGUUUUGCAAAAUGCCCAAAGUUACAGAUCGGCAAUUCGGCAUCCAAUUCCUCUCUUUUCCCGAUUCCUAUUCUAACCUUCGUUUCCUUCGAGGAGAAGGGAGCAGAGCGCACCCAUUCCAUCCGAUUUUCUAGGGUUUCGAAAUUUCGCUCCGGUCUCUAGAAAUCGAUGAAGAUAACAUCGAUCCUCAUUCUUCGAUGCCCGGACUCGGACUCGUCGGAUCCGGUCGUGGUCGCCGGCGCCACCGACGUCCGCCACUUCGGGUUCUUUCAGCGGAACUCCGCCAGGGAGUUCAUCCUCGCCGGCGCCACCGACGUCCGCCACUUCGGGUUCUUUCAGCGGAACUCCGCCAGGGAGUUCAUCCUCUUCGCUGCUCGCACCGUCGCCAAGCGAACGCAGCCUGGCCAGCGUCAAUCCGUUCAGCAUGAAGAAUACAAGGUUCAUGCUUACAACAGAAAUGGGCUCUGUGCACUGGGAUUUAUGGAUGAUCAUUAUCCUGUUCGGAGUGCCUUUUCUCUUCUCAACAUGGUUCUAGAUGAAUACCAGAAAGCAUUUGGGGAAGCAUGGCGAUCGGUGCAGGCUGAUGUAAGCGAGCCGUGGCCAUAUUUGGAGAAUGCCCUAACAAAAUAUCAGGACCCUGCAGAGGCUGACAAGUUACUGAAGAUUCAGAGAGACUUGGAUGAAACCAAAAUUAUUCUUCAUAAGACUAUUGAUAGUGUAUUGGAACGAGGGGAAAAGUUGGAUAGCCUUGUGGAAAAGAGUUCAGAUCUCAGUGCUGCAUCCCAGAUGUUCUACAAGCAGGCGAAGAAAACCAACCAGUGCUGUACCAUCCUCUAACUGCACAAAGAUUACUGCGAACCGAGUUAACUUUGAUAACUGAAUCGAGCAUCGAUGGAAUAUGGGUGGCCGAAUACCUGUUACGCUUUAUCUCAACUGUGUGAAACUUCGUUGGAUUAAACCCUAAUAACUGGUCAGUAAAUGGGCAGUGUAGCAUUCGAUGCUACCUCAGUUUUCAUACAUUCAUCUCUUGUACUUUUACAACUGCAGCAGCUUUGGUGUAAUGCUCUUAUUUAUGCAAUACUACCAUCUGCGUCUGUGGAGAAAUUCAGUCAA